AUGAAACUCUUCGUUGCCAUCGCUGCUGUCGCCGCCACCAUUUUCGCGCAAGACUUCAACUCCACCGGCGUCUCGGAGAACCAAGAACAGGGCAUCCGUGUCGUUGGCGGAGAAGAGGCCCCCGUUGGGCAAUACACGUGGACCGUCAACCUCCGCAGCACUGCCGGGGGGUACUCCUUGUGCGGGGGGACUCUGAUCGCCCCCGACUACGUGUUGACUGCAGCCCAUUGCGUCGCGAACGGCAAGCCUGGCUUUGUCGCC